AUGCAGGCAGAGGAGAAAGAAGAGCGCCCUCAAUGCCAUGCAUGCGUUCUGGCUGGCACCAAGUGUCCGGGAUAUGAGAAGCGAUGGAAAUUUAUGGAUGAAAAUUCGCGAUUGUUGUCCAUUUACCGGAAAAAGAAUUAUGUACUUGAGGAAAUACUCCGCGAAGCAGACACCAGCUUAAAUUGCACUCACCCCAGCCCCUACUCAGAUUUCCCAACGCUUUCUGAACCAGCCGCACGGAGAAUUUUCCGUGUGGACAUAUUUCGGUCCAUAUCAUCACCGGAAGAUGGCAAUGCAUCCUUUCUUGCACAGAUUCUCAAAGACCCUAGGUUCCAGUCUCUACUUCCACUCAGAUCGAACGGAAACUUCUUCGCCUUCAUCCCUAGCCACAUUGGUCGGAAUCUUGCACUAGAUGAUGCAAUAUCUUGUUUGUCCUCUAUCUACAAAGAUACUUUCGCAACUUCAUCGAAGCCUUCAGAAAUCACCUUUCGACGGUAUGCCCGAAGCCUCAACUCGCUCAGGGUUUGUCUAGAGGAGCCCUUAGUCCGUCUUCAGUCUGAGACCAUUUGCGCAUCUCUGAUCCUUCAGUGUUGCGAACUCACUCUGAAUACGGAUGAAGGGCAGUGGAGCAAUCUCCUCAGAGGCUCAAAACUUCUCAUCCAGGAAUCUGGUCCAUCAAGGUUUAAGACAUCCUUUGAAAGGGGAAUGCUGGAAUCACAAAGACACUUAUUCAUUGCGCAAGACAUCAAUGCUUGUGAGAAAUGUUUUCUAUCACGACCAGAAUGGCGACAAUUAACCGGCUCGCUAGCUACUACAGGCGCCCAGAUUCCACGUUCAUGUGGACUCCUCCAAACGCGUUUUACUGAUAUCCUUAUGGAUGUCCCAGAUUUAUUUUAUAGCGUUAUCAAGCUUUCUGAGCAAGAAAAGGCUAGAUGCAUUGACAUGACAGUGAUCAAGACUAGGGCAUUAAGGGUUCUUCGCCAGGUUGUUACAAUGCAAGGAACCAUUCAAAACUGGUACGAUGAUGACUUCGAACCUGUACUUAGAAAAGCAAGCGGAGAAUUUCAAGAUGACUUCGACAACGAUGGGUGUCAUCGGGGCUAUCCUAAUGUUUUCCUGGCCGUGCUAGAUUGCACAUCGAACUCAAUUCUGCUCCAUGUUGAAGCUUUGCUAUCAAAACUUGCGACCCUUUUUCCACGAGAAACUCAGCUAUUAAAACCAGACACUCCUAUUGGGUGUGCAGUGGCACGACAGGCUAUUGUUCACAGUGCUUUUGUCUAUGUGAAGAAGAGUUCCAAAGUGGCAUGGAAGCCCCUUGAAUUUGGAUUAAAACAGUUACAGACUCUCGACGAUGUCAUCAAUCAUAUUUUUGAAAGUGGGCUUUCUAAGUGA